AUGGAAAAUGUACUCACACUUAAUAAUGCCCUGGCACUCCUCCAUCUAUCUAAAAAACAUGGUGCUAGUCAGGCUGGACUUAGAGGAGAUGUUGGUGAAAGAAUAGAUCCUGGUAAAGAUGGUCUUGGUUCUGCUGCUACUCCUAGAGUAGCUAUUCCUCAUGCUUGUGCCAAACAUGCUAAGUCUGAGACCAAGAUUCUCCUUCAAGGAACUCCUGUAGCUCAGAUGAUUGAGUAUGCUAUAGAUUCUUAUGGAGCAGGUAGAAGUGUUCAAGGUACUAAAGAUGCUACUCCAACUCUUAUCACUACCCAUAGCAUUCCGUGA